UUACAGUAAGGAUGGGCAGUGCAGCAGGCAGCCGGAGCGCACGCUCCAGCCGCCGGGGACCGUAGCCCGGGAGAGGCAGCCUGCAAGGCGCUCAUCCCGCGGAAGAGGCACGCUGGGCGCUCGCUGCUCUCCACGCCGGGGACGUUUCCACCGAAUGUAGCAUGAAACGGCUCUGCUCUGCGUGUCAGCCUUGGGGACGAGCUGAUGCUGAAGACGCCGCGGUGGGGUUCCAGCUGUCUGAUUAAUGAGAAACAUAAUGUAUUUUGGUGGUACAUGCCAGAGCCCUGCUCUCCCAGCCCUGGUCCGUCCACCAGCCCCUCCUCUGCAACCUUCGCUGGAUAUCAAACCCUUUCUUCCCUUUCCCCUGGACACUGCUGCGGUCAACCUCUUCCCCAAUUUUAAUGCGAUGGACCCGAUUCAGAAAGCUGUAAUAAAUCAUACAUUCGGGGUUCCUCUUCCUCAUCGAAGAAAGCAAAUCAUAUCAUGCAACAUUUGCCAGUUGAGAUUUAAUUCUGAUAGCCAGGCUGCGGCCCACUACAAAGGCACGAAACAUGCCAAGAAGCUCAAAGCACUGGAAGCCAUGAAAAAUAAGCAGAAAUCUGUAACUGCCAAGGACAGCGCAAAGACUACCUUCACCUCCAUCACUACCAAUACCAUCAAUACCAGCUCUGACAAAACAGACAGUACCACAGGGACACCAGCAAUAUCAACGACAACUGUGGAAAUUCGCAAAAGCAGUGUUAUGACAACUGAGAUCACCUCCAAAGUGGAAAAAAGCCCCACAACAGCCACUGGCAAUAGCUCAUGUCCUUCCACGGAGACUGAGGAAGAAAAGGCAAAACGGCUUCUUUACUGUUCGCUAUGCAAGGUUGCUGUCAACUCUGCCUCACAGCUGGAGGCACACAACAGUGGUACUAAGCACAAAACCAUGCUAGAAGCCCGGAAUGGAAGUGGGACUAUCAAAGCCUUUCCUAGGGCAGGCGUGAAAGGCAAAGGACCAGUUAAUAAGGGAAACACAGGUCUGCAAAACAAAACGUUUCACUGUGAAAUCUGUGAUGUGCACGUCAACUCGGAAACACAACUUAAACAGCACAUUAGCAGUAGAAGGCACAAAGACAGAGCUGCUGGGAAGCCCCCGAAACCUAAAUACAGUCCUUACAACAAACUACAGAAGGCAGCACAUCCACUGGGGGUAAAAUUAGUAUUUUCAAAAGAACCUUCAAAGCCAUUGGCUCCGCGAAUUCUACCAAACCCACUGGCAGCUGCAGCGGCCGCUGCUGCCGUGGCAGUGAACGCCCCCUUCAGUCUCCGAACUGCCCCAGCGGCAACACUGUUCCAGACCUCGGCGCUCCCUCCAGCACUCCUGCGGCCAGCUCCUGGACCUAUUCGGACCGCCCACACUCCUGUGCUGUUUGCUCCUUACUGAAUUCCAAAUGGGAGUACUUGUACCGCAAUAAUUUUUCAAAAGACAAAACAAACAAAACAAAAGAGAACUAUGCAGUGUUUAUUUAUAGUUUAAAGUAUAUCCGAAGAGCCAGGACUUUUGAUAGUGAAUUGAAAAGAUUAUUUAAAAAA